ACUUCCGGGUUUAUGCUGACGCGUCCCUCUUCUUCUCGUUCACCGACGUGUCAGACUUCUUUUUGUCCGGAGCUGAGCAGCACACCGCCGUCUCUCCGCAGAAAUGCCCGCCAAAGGAAGCAGCAAGCAGCAGUCGGAGGAAGACCUUCUCCUCCAGGACUUCAGCAGGAACUUGUCCGCGAAGUCCACAGCUUUGUUUUAUGGAAAUGCGCUCAUCGUCUCUGCCAUCCCCAUCUGGUUGUUUUGGAGGAUUUGGCACAUGGACCUCGUCCAGUCUGCAGUCCUGUACGCUGUAAUGACGCUGGUCAGCACCUACCUGGUCGCGUUCGCCUACAAGAACGUCAAGUUUGUGCUCAAACACAAAGUCGCCCAGAAACGUGAGGAUGCUGUCUCCAAAGAGGUGACCAGGAAGCUGUCUGAAGCAGACAACCGCAAGAUGUCACGGAAGGAGAAAGACGAGAGAAUCCUGUGGAAGAAGAACGAGGUCGCUGACUAUGAGGCUACCACCUUCUCCAUCUUCUACAACAACACUCUGUUCCUGGUCCUCGUCAUCAUCUCCUCCUUCUUCUUGCUCAAGAACUUUAACUCCACUGUCAACUACAUUCUGUCCAUCAGUGCCUCUUCAGGACUCAUUGCUCUGCUAUCCACCGGCUCAAAGUGAAACCGAAGAAAGUAAUUUGAUUUGAAGGGGUGGGACAGAGCUGGAGGGUCGUAAAAAGUCCACAGCGUAAUGUUUUUCAUUCGUUAGGAAAGAGGGUUUAUUGUGGAAUUGGAAUGUCACAUUUCAUGAUCAAAUGUCUGGAGGCUGUCUCCAGGUCAGCCUGUACUUUUUAUAACUAAUAAAACAACCAGGUUUGCUUGUUAA